CAGCUUUUCAUGUCGGGGUUUAAAGAGUUGUCAUCAGUGGCGGAAUUAGGUCCUAAUAAUCAACAGGGCUGUGGCUGGAUGUCUUAAUAAGCUCAUAUGCAACUGACUUUAAAUGACAGCAGAGCUUUGUUGGAACGUUUCAGCACUGGACAGCUCACUUGGUGUCUCGUGCUCACAAACGCGCGUCUGUAAUGUGGCAGGGGGCAUCCGUCACAACUGGUGGCGGCCAGGAGCAAAGAUCAUGGCGAAGCCUCCACAGCAUCCUCCCCGCUGCUGCUGCUAGCUGCGAGCCUCGAGACAUGAGCAUCCCGGAGUUCCUCUUGGAAGUUUCCAUUGUCGUCUUAGCUGUUGUUUCGUUUUUGACUAACUUAUCAGUUCUGUUAUGUUUCACCCAGAGCGCCGAUCUGAGAACUCACGUGCCAGGAAUCUUCGUCCUAAACCUCUCCUUCUCCAAUAUCCUCCUCACUGCUGUUAACAUGCCCGCUACUUUUCUCGGUGUGGCCAAAAGCGAGAAGCCUCUCGGGGACCUGCUCUGCCGUGCCGUGAGUUUUGCUGAGACUUUCAUCACCUCUAACACUAUGCUGAGCAUGGCUGCGCUGAGCAUGGACAGGUGGAUAGCCGUGAUGUUUCCUCUGCGGUACUCCAGCAAAAUGCGCUACAGAGACGCUUUUCUCAUUGUAGCCUACUCCUGGCUGCACUCUCUUACAUUCUCUCUGACCCAGCUGAUGAUGGAUUGGGGAGGAUACAGUCAUACAUACGCUUCGUGCACGAUUCACUUGGAAGUGGAAAAGGUGUCUCAGCUGGCCGCUUAUGCCACCUUCACGGCGCUGUUCCACGGCAGCAGCUUUGCGCUGUGCCUCUUUGUCCUCUGCUUCGCCUACCUCAAAGUUUUGAAAGUCGCCAGGUCUCACUGCAAGAGGAUAGACGUCAUUACAGUGCAGACUCUGCUUCUGCUGGUUGAUAUUCACCCCAGUGUGAAGGAAAGAUGUCUUACUCAGCAGAAGAAGAGGAGGCAGCGGGCGGUUAAAAAGAUUUGCAUCUUCAUUGGUUCCUUCAUCCUUUGCUUUUCACCUUAUGUCAUAACAAGGCUGGUGGAGCUGCUGCCCUCUGUGCACAUCCCCCGGUACUGGGGAAUUGCCACUAAAUGUCUGAUCUAUGCCAAGGCCUCCAGCGACCCUUUUGUCUAUUGUCUUCUGCGACACCAGUACAGGAAGGUCCUGGUUAGUAUCAUCAGCCGGAUUGUGAGAAAGGAUCAGCAUUUCCUUUCUGUCCACAGCACGAGCAGCAUGUGGGACACUACAGAUGAAAACUGUCUUGCAAGAAUAACCUGAGCUUGAUGUGCUACUUUUGGGAACAUAACCUACCCACCUCAUGUGCAGGAAAGUCAGAGGUAUAGCUUUUGAAGCGAUGCCAUCUCUGAGUCCAGAAGCUGGAAAGAAGUCAAUGCCUUGCUCAAGGAGGUCACUUGAUCAAAGGUCGGGACAAUAUUGUAGUCUAACACUGCAGAAUUUUCCUCUGGGAGCAUAAUGAAAGAAACACAACUGUUUCUACUCAAGACUGUACUCACCUCUGACGUGUGCCAAAGGCCUCUAAGACAGUCUGACAGCUGUUUCCACAUGUAUGCUGGAGAAGAAUUGCUGAGGGCAUGCCACAGGAAAACCACAAUGCCAUGUUUAUUGCCGUGUUUGGUGUGUCUGUGUAACAGUGAAUUUAUCAGGAAGUGGAAUGUUUCAGCCAGUAUUAAAGUUUGUGUUGAUAAAUGCCCAUGAAUAAAUAUAUGUAAAAACAUGGGUAUGAGCAUGUUUAAAGAUGUUU